UCCCUCCCACCCGCUCCAGCUCCCGCUCCAUUGUCUGGGAGCUGCGGCCGCGGGGCGGGCGGCGGCGGGGACCCAGCCUGGCCGGGCCGAACCGCGGCCACCUGAGCCGCCCGCCUCGUCCCCCCACUCCCGUCGGAAGGAUGUGCGCCGGGCUGGCGGGGCGCGCGGCCGCAGCCCCCGGGGGUCCCUGCGGCCCUCGGCUCUUCUUCCUGGUGGCCCUCGCCCUGGAUGUCGUGAGAGUGGGCUGCGAGCAGGGCCUCCUGGAGCCAGUCUACCUGCCUGCAGCCCUGGAGCUCCUGGAUGCCCCCGAGCACUUCCGCGUGCAGCAGGUGGGCCGCUACCCACCCGCCAACUCCUCUCUGGGCUCCCGAUCUGAGACCUUCCUGCUCCUGCAGCCCUGGCCCUGGGCUCAGCCUCUGCUGCGGGCCUCCUACCCACCCUUCACCACGCAGCAGGUGGUCCCACCCCGGGUCACUGAACCCCACCAACGGCCAGUCCCAUGGGAUGUGCGGGCCGUGUCAGUGGAGGCGGCCGUGACCCCGGCAGAGCCCCACGCCCACGUCCUCUUCCACCUCAAAGGGCAAGAUUGGCCGCCGGGGCCUGGCAGCUUGCCCUGUGCCCGGCUGUAUGCCACACACCCCGCAGGCACCACUCACCGAGCCUGCCGCUUCCAGCCGUCCCUCGGCGCCUGCGUGGUGGAGCUGGAGCUCCCCUCGCACUGGUUCUCCCGGGGCUCCACGACGCGGGCCGAGCUGGCCUAUACACUGGAGCCCGCGGCCAAGGGCCCUGGGGGCUGUGGCCCUGGUGGCGCGGAGGACCCCGGGGCACAGGCCUUCCCCGUGGGUAGCGUGGAGCUGCGGCCUACAGAUCCCCCGCAGCACCAGGAGGUGCCCCUGGAUGAGGCCGUGACACUGCGGGUGCCUGACAUGCCUGUGCGGCCCGGCCAGCUCUUCAGAGCCACCCUCCUGCUUCGGCACAACUUCACAGCCAGCAUCCUGACCCUGCGGAUCAAGGUGAAGAAGGGGCUGCACGUGACGGCCGCCCACCCGGCCCAGCCCGCCCUCUGGACCGCCAAGCUGGACCGCUUCAAGGGCUCCAAGCACCACACCACCCUCAUCACCUGUCACCGCACUGGGCCUGUGGGGCCGGACAGCAGCAGCCCCCUUGAACUGUCCGAAUUCCUCUGGGUGGACUUUGCCGUGGAGAAUGGUACUGGCGGGGCCGUGGCGGUCACUCGCCCCGUCACGUGGCAGCUGGAGUACCCAGGCCAGGCCCCCGAGGCAGAGAAGGACAAAAUGGUGUGGGAGAUCCUGGUGUCGGAGAGGGACAUAAGAGCCCUCGUCCCACUGGCCAAGGCUGAGGAGCUGGUGAAUACAGCGCCGCUGACCGGAGCACCCCGGCAUGUCCCCGUGCGCCUAGUCACCGUGGAUAGUGGGGGGACCCUGGUGGAGGUGACGGAGCACAUCGGCUGCGAGUCAGCCAGCCCACAGGUCCUGCAGGUGUCGGAGGCCUGUGACUCCGUGCUCGUGACUGGCAAGGAGAGCCGGGGCGCCCAGGGCGUGCGGGUGGACUUCUGGUGGCGCCGGCUGCGGGCCUCACUGUGGCUGACCGUGUGGGCCCCACUGCUGCCCCUGCACAUCGAGCUGACCGACGCCACCCUCGAGCAGAUCCGUGGCUGGAAGGUCCCCGGCCCGGCCGAAGGGGCCGCGGAGGCCGAGCCGGCGGCCGAGGAGGUGGAGCGGCGUGCCCGCGGGUGCCGCCUGCAGUACCAGCGCGCCGGCGUGCGCUUCCUCGCCCCCUUCGCGGCCCACCCGCUGGACGGCGGCCGCCGCCUCACCCACCUGCUCGGCCCCGACUGGCUGCUGGACGUGUCCCACCUGGUGGCGCCGCACGCCCGUGUGCAGGACCCGCGCGUGGCCUCGCUGGAGGGCGGCCGCUUCCUGGUGGGUCGGGAGCCCGGCGUCACCUCCAUCGAGGUGCGCUCCCCACUGUCUGACACCAUCCUGGGGGAGCAGGAGCUGGCGGUGACAGAUGACAAGGUCUCAGUGACGGAGCUGCGGGUACAGCCGGUGAUGGGCGUCUCGCUGGCCCUGAGCCGGGGCACUGCCCACCCCGGGGAGGUCACAGCCACAUGUUGGGCCCAGUCAGCCCUCCCCGCCCCAAAGCAGGAGGUGGCCCUCUCCCUCUGGCUGUCCUUCUCUGACCACACCCUGGCCCCUGCCGAGCUCUACGACCGCCAUGACCUAGGAUUGUCCGUCUCGGCCGAGGAGCCCAGUGCCGUCCUGCCGGCCGAGGAGCAGGGUGCCCAGCUCGGGGUGGUGGUGGUGAGUGGGGCGGGUGCCGAGGGGCUGCCCCUGUACGUGGCCCUGCACCCGCCCGAGCCCUGCCGCCGGGGCCGCCACCGCGUGCCCCUGGCCUCUGGCACUGCUUGGCUGGGGCUGCCCCCGGCUCCCACCGCGGCCCCCGCCCCCCCCUCCAGCCCUGCCCGGAGCCCCCCGGCCACCGAGGCCAGCCUGGGCGGUGAAAGGCGGUUGGUGGGCAGCGUGGGGGGCAGCGGGGGUGUGAGGGGCAAGUUUGAGCAGGCAGAGGAGGAGGCCCGGAAGGAGGAGGCAGAGGCCAGGCAGGAGGAGGAGGAGGAGGAGGAGGAGGAGAUGGUUCCCGCCCCUCAGCGGGUCACCGAGCUAGAGCUGGGCAUGUACGCCCUGCUGGGCAUCUUCUGUCUGGCCAUCCUCAUCUUCCUGGUCAACGGCGUGGUCUUCGUGCUGCGCUACCAGCGCAAGGAGCCCCCCGACAGCGCCGCUGACCCCGCCUCCCCCCAGCCCCACAACUGGGUCUGGCUGGGCACCGAUCAGGAGGAACUGAGCCGCCAGCUGGACCAGCGGCCACCCGGCCCGGCCAAGGGGGAGGGGGGCUGCCCCUGCGAGAGCGGGGGUGGAGGGGAGGCCCCGGCCCCGGCCCCCAGCCCGGCGGGGGGCACCGCCAGCUCCUCCAGCACCCCGGCUCGUAAGGAAGCCGGGGGGCGGCGGAAGCGCGUGGAGUUCGUGACGUUCGCACCAGCGCCCCCGGCCCAGCUGCCCGAGGAGCCCGUAGGGGCCCCGGCCGUGCAGUCCAUCCUGGUGGCGGGCGAGGAGGACAUCCGCUGGGUGUGUGAGGACAUGGGGCUGAAGGACCCCGAGGAGCUGCGCAGCUACAUGGAGAGGAUCCGGGGCAGCUCCUGACCCAGCGUCGUGGGCCACCGGCCUGGGCAGUGGGGGUUUGGGGGGGUCCUACCGAGCCUCCCGCUCAUGCUCUGGUGCUUGCGGAUCCACGUCCACCGCCCGGUCCCCCUGCAAGGACUCCCACCCAGGACCACCCUCCCCCACGCCCCCCACCCCCAUGUCCUGGACCAUGGUCGUGAGGAAGAGCUCGUGCCCCUUAUUUAUGGGAAUCGUUUCAUCCCGAUGUUGGGUACAGAAUAAACUGGGAAGGA